AUGAAUAAAUAUCGUGUUGGCGGGAAGCAGUUGUUGUUGAAAUUAGCACAGCCAAAGUAUCGUGCCCCAAAAACACCACGCUAUUUGCAACAGCAACAGGCUCCUGCCUGUGAGACAGUCGGUUAUUAUGCAGGCACUCAGGUAUUUUUGGACACAACUGAAAUCGACUACCACUUUUUUUUUGUUUUCGCACACCAUGUUUUUAUGAUCGUUCGCCACGCACGCUUUUCAUGGAUACUAAAGAAAAACCGGCAAAAAAUGAUAAAAAAUUUGUGCUGCUUCUGA